AAAUAACUGAACGUGCCACCUGCUACGCUCCCUGGGUGCCCGCGCCAGGGCCUGGCAGGGCGAGCUACCCCCCUCAGUGAGGGCCUCGCGGGGGGUGGGGCUGUCGCUCCCUGUCGCUCCCGCUGAAGAUGCGCGGGGCUGGGCGGCAGAGAGGCGGGGAGAUGUCAGCGCCAGGGGCGAGGAGGAGGAGGGAAGCGGCCGUGCCCGGGAGGAGCCUGGGCCAGCGUGAGGCAGCACAUUCUCCCAGCCGCCGGCGAGCCUGCUGCAGCAAGGGGCACCGCAACACGUCGCAGCCGCAGCAGCCAUUGGGGAUUCAGCCCGCCUGUGAACGCCGUGCUCUGUCCACCUCCUUCCUCCCCGGGGCCGGGGCCGGGCUGCGCACAGCCGGAAGCCCACUGGACCGCUGGCGGGGAGCACAGCAAGAGUCAAAAUGUCAGACAAAAGUGACUUAAAAGCUGAGCUCGAGCGCAAAAAACAGCGCUUAGCACAAAUAAGAGAGGAGAAGAAACGGAAGGAAGAAGAAAGGAAAAAGAAAGAGGCUGAUCAACAGCAAAAGAAAGAGCCAGUUCAGGAAGAUUCGGAUCUAGAUCGCAAAAGAAGGGAGACAGAGGCUUUAUUACAGAGCAUUGGUAUAUCCCCAGAACCACCUCUAGUGCAGUCGCUGCAUGUUUUAACAUGGGAUACCUGUUAUUUUCAUUAUUUAGUCCCAACCCCUAUGUCUCCCUCUUCGAAAUCAGUGAGCACCCCCAGUGAAGCUGGCAGCCAGGAUUCAGGAGAUCUGGGACCAAUAGGAAGGACCCUGCAGUGGGACACAGACCCCUCAGUGCUGCAGCUCCAGUCUGACUCUGAACUUGGACGAAGACUGCACAAGCUAGGUGUGUCAAAGAUUACCCAGGUUGAUUUCUUACCUCGGGAAGUGGUGUCCUACUCCAAGGAGACUCAGACACCUCUUGCUACACAUCAGUCUGAAGAGGAUGAAGAUGAUGAUGAGAUUGUGGAACCCAAAGCACGAAAUGACUCAGAGAUGGAAAAUCAAGAACAGAAACAUGAGGUGAAAGAAGCUCCUCCUAGAGAAUUGACAGAGGAAGAAAAACAACAGAUUCUCCAUUCAGAAGAAUUCCUGAUAUUUUUUGACCGGACAAUACGUGUAAUUGAGCGAGCUUUGGCUGAAGAUUCAGACAUAUUCUUUGACUACAGUGGCAGAGAUGUAGAAGAGAAAGAUGGAGAUGUUCAAGCCGGAGCCAACCUUUCCUUUAAUCGUCAGUUCUAUGAUGAGCAUUGGUCAAAGCAUCGUGUUGUCACCUGUAUGGAUUGGUCUCUUCAGUACCCUGAAUUGAUGGUUGCUUCUUAUAACAAUAAUGAAGACGCUCCACAUGAGCCAGAUGGGGUGGCCUUAGUUUGGAACAUGAAGUUUAAGAAAACCACACCAGAAUAUGUUUUCCAUUGUCAGUCCUCUGUGAUGUCUGUCUGCUUUGCCCGUUUUCACCCCAACCUGGUUGUUGGUGGAACAUACUCUGGCCAAAUUGUCCUGUGGGAUAAUCGCAGUCACAGGAGAACUCCAGUUCAGCGUACACCCCUUUCUGCUGCUGCUCACACGCAUCCCGUGUACUGUGUAAAUGUAGUUGGAACACAGAAUGCACACAAUCUCAUUACAGUUUCUACAGAUGGCAAAAUGUGCUCCUGGAGCCUGGAUAUGCUCUCAACACCACAGGAGAGCAUGGAGCUGUCCUACAAUAAAUCCAAGCCGGUGGCAGUUACAGGAAUGGCUUUCCCAACAGGAGACGUCAACAACUUUGUGGUUGGCAGCGAGGAGGGUACGGUCUACACAGCUUGUCGUCAUGGAAGUAAAGCAGGAAUUGGUGAAAUCUUUGAAGGCCACCAAGGACCUGUCACGGGGAUCAAUUGCCACAUGGCAGUGGGCCCAAUCGACUUUUCCCAUCUCUUUGUCACAUCAUCAUUUGACUGGACAGUCAAGUUGUGGACCACAAAGCACAACAAGCCGCUCUACUCCUUUGAAGACAAUGCAGACUAUGUCUACGAUGUCAUGUGGUCACCCGUGCAUCCCGCGCUCUUUGCCUGUGUGGACGGGAUGGGGCGCUUGGAUCUGUGGAACCUGAAUAAUGACACCGAGGUUCCAACAGCCAGUGUGACAAUUGAAGGAGCUUCUGCCCUCAAUCGUGUCCGUUGGGCCCAGGCUGGGAAAGAGGUAGCAGUUGGAGAUUCAGAAGGCCGCAUCUGGAUCUAUGAUGUUGGAGAGCUCGCUGUUCCACACAAUGACGAAUGGACCCGUUUUGCUCGGACACUGGUUGAAAUCCGUGCCAACAGAGCGGACAGUGAAGAAGAAGGGACUGUAGAAUUGUCUGCCUAGAGAAAAGGAGGUUUCCACUGUUUUGUAGCGCAGUAUCUAUCCCCUGUUGAGUAUGCCAGUUUUUGGUGUCAAAUCAGUAUCGCUGUGGCUUUUGAUGCCAGUGUCCCUGUCAGCAUUGCUUAGAGAGCUCCAUGUUAAUCACAAUGCGCUUUACGCAAGGCUGAGAAUCUCCAGAGCAGUUCCAUACUUUAUAUUUCUGUCUGAAACGUAAGAAAGAAAAGACAAAUCAAACCUUUAUGGGUUUAGCUGUUGCCUUUUAACUACUUAGUAGCUGUAUUUAAUAGCUAGAAACCAUGGUUAAACUUGUGCUCACAUGCACUUCUGGCAAAGUCCUAUUAAAUCCAUAUGAAGCCAGAUAUGAUUAUGUGCAGAUGUGGUGUGCUUCAUGAUAUGGGACUGGGCCAAAGACGUUAGAUGUGGUGUUUCACAUGGUGACUUACAUUAUGAAUGGAUGUACUAUACAAAAGUUGCUGCUCCUUAUUUAUUGCGGUGUGCUGCAUGGAACAUAUUUAUUUGAAAGCAUUAAAAUAAACGAUCCUAAAGCAUGUGCAUAAUGAGAGCACUGCAUUGUCUCUGUGCUGCUGUAGAGGCUACAUGACCAUUCAAAUAUUAAAGACGUAAGAUCUAUAAAUGUUUUGUUUGAGUGGAUGGAAUGAUUUUUUUUAAAAUGCCUAUUAUUUCUAGGCAAUUUAACAAUAUUUCAUGUACAGUUGGUCGUUGAUAUUUGUCAUGGUAACACAGGCUGACAAAGAAUUGUAGUUCCUGAGUAUGACACCAAUACUGCCAAUAAACUUAUUCUGGAGCAACGUGGUUAAUCCUUUUGGGCCAGCAGUACUCAGCAUGUUAAUCACAGGACACUGGCUAGGCACUGGGAACAUGUGACUUCCAAGAAUUGCAGAAUGCUCAUACAACUGCUACGUAAACAGAUACCUUAGGCUUUUGUUAAUGCAUUUACAUGCA